UCACACUUUUUUCAACUUAUAAACUAAAAUAAUAACAAUAAAAAACCUUAAAUAAAAUCACUUCAUGACACACCUAAAUCAUUUCCAGAUUUGAUCAAAAGAACAUUUCUUUCUUGUAGUUAACAUAGACCAAAGUCUCCCUUGUUCACCGGCCGAGCUCCGCCCUCACCGCCGGCGCCGCCGUCAACCUCCUGAUCUAAACUCUAUAUCUAAACCCCACAAAAACCCAUAUUUCCAUUUUCCAUUUUUCUCAAUAAUUUUUUUAUCUUUCAAAUUUCAAGAUUUCUUUUCACAUUUUCAAGAUUUUUGUAAAGUUAGGGUUUUGAUUGAAGUGAUGCUAAGUAUAGAUACAGCAGUAUAUAUAACAGUAGUUAUAAGUAUAAUUAUAGUUAUUAGUUAUGUUCCGUAGGUUUAAAUGGUUUAUUACUGGAUUAAAUCAUCAACAAAAACCAGCUAAACCUGAUGCGAAACGAUUGUCCUUACCGAAAGAAAGGAACCGGAAGUUAAUGUUGGAAGCUGUUCAUGAAGUUGCUAUUUAUAUUCAUAGGUUUCAUAACUUGGACUUGUUUCAACAAGGGUGGUAUCAGGUAAAGAUAAGUAUGAGAUGGGAAGAUAGUGAGUAUGCUGCGUCGGUGGGAACACCUUCGAGGGUGGUUCAGUAUGACGCUCCUGAUCUUGGUUCUGAUGAUAUCUUGGGGGUUUGGAAGAUUGAUGAUACGGAUCAUAGCUUUUCCUCACAGCCUUUCCGGAUUCGAUAUGCGAGACAAGAUAUUCUUCUAUCUGUCAUGAUAUCUUUUAACUUAUCUCUUGGUAAAUUUGAGGGUCCAAUUACAUCUGCUGUAAUUCUGAAAUUUGAGCUUCUGUAUGCACCUGUUUUGGAGAACGGCUCCAAUAUGCAGGACUCUGCGGAUGUAUCUCCUGCUGCAGUCCAUGAAUUUCGAAUUCCACCGAAAGCUCUUCUCGGGUUGCAUUCUUAUUGUCCUGUUCAUUUUGAUGCUUUUCAUGCUGUGCUUGUUGAUACGAGUGUCCAUAUCUCCUUGCUGAAAGGAAAUGUUCAUUCUAUGAAGAAACCCAGUCGCAGCAAUUCUCGUAGUCAUGAGGAAGCUUGUGAGAAGUUUGACAAGGAAAAACUAGUCUUGCUUGUGAAGGCUUUCUUAACUUCUCGUGCAAUUCUACUUCAAGAGCUACGUAAUCUUAGUAAAGCAAUUCAUGAGACUAUUGAUUUGUCUGGGUUGACCUCCCAACAUGAUGAGACAAAUUUCUUGUCUGCUUCUACAGAAGUGGUCAUGGCUACUGCUACUGCCACUGCCGAUUCACAAGUACCAGAAAAAGUGCAAAAUGUUUCUAAGAUCCCAAACGGUACCAGUGAUGUCUCAAGUGAUUAUCUUCAUACCUUGCAAAAUGAUGAACUUUAUCGUCGUUUUCAUUUCCUCGGAGACCAGAUUCUCUACUUAUGGAGCAUAUUUCUGAAGUUUCACAGGGCUAACAAAACAAAGAUAUUGGAUCAUUUGCGUAAUGCAUGGUCCAGCGAUCGUAGAGCAGAAUGGUCAAUAUGGAUGGUGUACUCUAAGGUUGAGAUGCCUCAGCCAACAUCGAGAAACGAGAUUGAUGACAUCCAAGGUCAUCGUGCAAAAGUGCCUGUUAUUCGGAAGAUAACCGACGAUCCUUCCCAGGCUGCUGCAAUGCGAGCUGAGCUACACCGGCGUAGUAUUGCACAAAUGAGGAUAAACAACCGCUCAAUUCAAGACCUUCAUAUAUUUGGAGACCCUUCACGUAUACCUAUUAUAAUUGUAGAACGUGUAGUGAAUGCACCACUGCGUUCACUAAGUGGAAAGUCGUACUUUAGGAACAUGGACCCUCAAGAUGCUAAAGUCAGUCCUCCAGAGAUUGACUCGAGUUUCUCCAGCAAUAAGCAAAGAGGCCGUAUUCUGAAGAUUGCUGUAUUCGUUCAUGGUUUUCAGGGGCAUCAUCUGGAUUUACGGCUUGUGCGAAAUCAGUGGCUUCUGAUAGAUCCAAAAACUGAGUUUUUAAUGUCAGAGGUCAACGAAGACAAAACAUCUGAAGACUUCCGGGACAUGGGCUUAAGACUGGCCCAAGAAGUCAUUGCCUUUGUUAAAAAGAAGAUGGAUAAAGUCUCAAGAUCCGGUACCCUAAAGAAUGUGAAACUUAGCUUUGUUGGGCACUCCAUUGGGAACGUGAUUAUAAGAACGGCUUUGGCAGAGAGCAUUAUGGAGCCGUAUCAUAGAUAUCUGCAUACGUAUGUAUCUGUUUCGGGGCCGCAUCUAGGUUAUCUCUACAGUUCAAAUUCUCUUUUCAAUUCUGGACUGUGGCUGCUAAAGAAGCUUAAGAAUACACGUUGCAUUCAUCAGUUGACUUUUACUGAUGAUGUGGAUAUAGAAAACACUUUCUUCUACCAACUUUCCAAGCAAAAGACUUUGGAAAGUUUCAAGAGCAUAAUCCUGCUAUCAUCUCCUCAGGAUGGUUAUGUUCCUUACCAUUCUGCUCGAAUUGAGAUGUGCCAAUCGUCAUCAGGGGACUACUCAAAAAAGGGGAAGAUUUUCCGUGAGAUGCUCAACAACUGCUUGGAUCAAAUGCGUGCACCAUCUUCCGAGCAACGCAUGUUUAUGAGAUGUGAUGUCAACUUUGAUACCUCAUUGCAAGGAAGAAACUUAAAUACAAUAAUUGGACGGGCUGCUCAUAUAGAGUUCUUGGAAACUGACAUCUUUGCAAAGUUUAUAAUGUGGUCUUUCCCAGAACUUUUCCGCUAAUCGUUAUGAAAAAUAACUUCACCAAGUCACGAGCUAACCCUGAUGGUCAAAGAUGGUCAAUGGAAACUUCCUUCAUGAGAUAUGAGCUGGCCAAAGAUGCGUCAGUCAAUAUAACGUGUAUGCAAAAAAAGCAUGACAUUGUAUAUUUUAUCAGGUAGAAAGGUACAAGUUCCUUCAGGUAGGUGAAUAUAAGUUCAUAUCCCUUUAUAUAUCAAGUUAUAAUGUAGAUUUACAUGUAUAAUUCUACAUCAGUAGAAUCUUUAGGAGCUCGGGAACCUGUACUUAAUGUAGGUGGUGGAAAGGGGAAUGACGAAUAUCGAGUGUUUUUCCCCUAAUUUUUCAGAUGUUCGUCACCUUUGUUUCAUCCGCCAAACAUACAGUGUUGUUUAUAUACUUAAUUGUUUAGCA